UAACUACUUCCCAUUGUGAUAAAUGUUGUUAUUGAUUGGUGUAGAUGUGAGAUGUAUUUUUUUUUAUUAGCUGUCUGUGUGCUAAGGUGUAUGAUUCUAGCCUAUCAGGGUGAGAAACAUCGAUUACAGCAGAGUUCUCAUGUUGUGGGUGCACGUAGGUAUCCCCGCCCCCAAAAAACACAAACAUAACUUUGCAAAAACCAUUUAGAGCGGUAUUCCACAUAUGUUGAAAUUGAUAGGCUCUUCACAAGACUAAUAGAAUGUGAUCAUAUAAUGCUUAAGGUUAAAAAACAAUGCUUUGCCUUGAUAUCAAAUCAGUUUUUCUAAAUUGUCUAACAAUUUUUCUAAAUUGCCUAAGCACCUUGAGGUCUGUCCCCUGGGCCCAUGUCUGUUCAACUGAUGGGACAUUGCUGUUGGAACUAAUGGAAUAUUGGGCUGAGAGAACGUAGACAUGCUCCUGGCUGUUGUUUAUUAAACAGCUGUGAGAAGAGGCAUGGAACAUGAGAUGAGAACCAUUUGAUGGAAGAAAAGAAAAAGAAAAAGCAAGAAGAGAAGAAAAAGAAGGAAUCUGCUCCGAAAAAGGCCCCUGAACAGACAACCAAAGUGCCAGACUCUGCCAAGCCCGGACCUACCCCUCGUCCUCCCCCCCUCAACUCCAGUGCCACCCCGUCUGUACCCCCCAGCACUGGCAGUAAUGGCAAGCGCGCCCCCUCCAGUGCCCAGCAGUCCCAACCCUCACCUGCCCAGCCGCGCUAUUCACCCAGAGAGGUUCCUCCGCGCUUCCGCCAGCAGGAGCCCAAGCAGCUGUUGAAGAGGGGUCAGCCGCUUCCCCCUGGGACCCUUGCCCCCCUAUCUGGACGCCCCCAACCGGACCCUAGUCAGAACGUCUCUGGUGUGGCGCACGCAGAGCUGCCCCCACACACUGGCCCCGGAGCGCAGUAUGAAAAUCCCCGCUGGGGACAACAGCCAGCCAAUCAGAGUUCCACUUCCGCCUCGGCGUCAACCAAUCACAGCGGCUGGGAUCCAGUGAUCAUUGACGAUAGCGACACAGAGGCCUGGCCCUCCAUUUCCCGCAGCAGCCAGGGCCCUGCAGGAGGAUGUCCCUCGGACACUGACCCUGGUGGUCCGGCCAGCAGCAGCAGCAUUAGUAUGAGCAUGGCCACAGGGGCCAACGGCCAGACAGGCCACUUCCCUGCCAACCACCCCAGCAGCAAAGAGGCCAGUUCUGGACCUGGUGGCCCAGCCAAUCACCAUGUCGGCAUAGCCUCAGGCCCGGGAGCAUCCAAUCGUGGCUGGGGUUCCGGGCCCGGUUCCUCCCCCCAUGUCCCUGCCCAGUCCUCCUCGAUUGGGGGUGGGGAGGGAAAGGGUGACGGCACAAUGGGAGGAGGUGGGGGAGGCAGGGGCUGGGGCUCAACUUCCUCCACCACCUCUAACUUUAACUUGAACCUUAACCCCAAUGCCAACCCCUCAGCCUGGCCUGUGCUGGGUCACGAUGGGGACGGAGGCAGCUUAGGGGGAGUCAACCCCAACCAAACCCCGUCUCAACCCCCUUCUAACCUCUGCAAGCCGAUAAACACUCCUCCCGCCCAGGGAAACGGUAACGGAGGAGGAACCAUGGGGGGCUGUACCAACGGCAACUUGCCAGUAGGGUGUGUCAAUGCCUGGGGAGACUCCCCAGAGCAACACCCCUCCCUGUCCACAAAUGUGUCUUUUAGCUCAGAACCUCUGAACCUUAACACUGAUGGACCAAAUCAAACUAGCAAACAGCACGAGACACCCAGCCCCAUCUGCAGUCUCCCCAGCUGGGGAGGCCCUUCUGGAGGCAUAGGCUCCCUGGGUCAGCCCCCUGCUGCUUCUCCCCAGCAGGUCAACGGAGAGGAUGACAGUUCCAUCUGGGGCAACAAUGGAGAGUCAAAGUCAGUCACCACCUCCAAAGAGCCUUCAAGUUGGGACUCUGGUGCCAGUGGCUGGGGGAGCCAUGGAAACAGUGGUGGUGGAACAUCUGGAGGCUGGGGGGCCAAGAGCAGUGGGGAUAGCUGGGGAAAGCAGCAUUCUGGGGAGGGCCAAGGGGGCUGGGACUCCCCCAGCUCUCCACCCCAGCCUGACCAGCAGGCCAGCUCAUGGAGCACCCGUCCCCCUAGCACUGCAGCAGCAAGCGAAGGCAGCAGCGAGGGCAUGGAAGGAGCGGGGCAUUCCCGUCGAAGGGAUCGAUCAUCCCGGGAUGAAUCAGUCCCCCUACUACCUGCCCCUGACUUGGACCCGAGAGUGUUGUGCAAUACGGGCUGGGGCCAGACCCCCGUUCGCCAGCACACCUCCUGGGACAUGGAAGAGGCAGCCCGCGCCCAACGCAAGGCAGACGCCGCAGGGACAGACUCCUGGGGAGGCUCUGGUCCCAAUACACCCACAGAGCCUCCUCAGGGGCCCUCCAACCAUGGCCCCACUCAUCGGGGUGGUCUUCAGGCUGCCCCUGACUGGGGGGGUUCCAUGCCUCCAACCACCCAACCAGGCUCUGGGUGGGGUGAGCCACCGAGCAACAAGAAGCCCCCCACUGCUCCAGGAGUUUGGUUGAACCCCCCACAAGGAGGCUCAAGGCCAGGCCCCAAUAUGCCCAAAGGUGGAAACCAGUCCUGGGGAGCUCCUGAGGAGAAGUCCCCCAGCUGGGAUGACCCACACAGCAAGACCCCGAAGACUCAGGGCUGGAGGGAGGGGCCCAAGCCAUCCCAGGGCAGCUGGAGCAACAGUGGUGGUGGAAGUGGAGGGGACUGGGGAGAGCCAGGAGAAGGCAAGAAGCAUGGGACUACCACCAACCCUCCCUGGGAGGGAGAAGGAGGCUGGAAAGAGAGCAACCGGGGCUGGGGUAAACCUGGUCUGGGUGGAAAUGGUGGAGGAAAUGGAGGUGGUGGAGGUGGCUGGGGUGAGCCAGCCAUGGCUCCUCAGCGCCCCAGUGGCCCUACCCAAGGAUGGGGUGGCAAGCCUCAGGAGAGCUCCAGUAGUAGUAGUGUAGUUGGAGGAGGAAGCAUUGGCUCCUGGGGUGGCCCUGGCCCUGUAAAGCCCAGUGGAUCAGGCUGGGGGGGCAACGGGGGAGGAGGAGGGGGUAAGCAGGACCCCUCGGGAGGAGAGCCCACAGGGUGGGAGGAACCUUCCCCACCCUCCAUACGACGCAAGAUGGAGAUUGAUGAUGGUACUUCUGCUUGGGGUGACCCAGGUGCCUACAACAAGACAGUCAACCUGUGGGACAAGAACAACCCGGGAGGGGUUCCCCAAGCUAGACCCCCAGGGAACCCUCCGGGGAACUCCUCUUCUGGCUCCUCUGGCAACAACAAUAUCCACCACGCCCACCCAUCCCAUCACCUUUCCCACCAUCCUCACACAUACCACGGUCCACCACCACCCCUUCAGAGCCACGGGGGGCACAACCCCCAGGGUCCAGGCCUGAACAGUGUGCCCAUGGACCCAGCUGUGCCUCACCAGACUGGACAUCCACCACACAGCAGACCACCCCUCAUGGGUCCAGGCUGGGGGGAACUGCCCAGUGGCCACCCCAAGCCAGAACCCUCGUGGGGGGAGCCUGCGCCCCCUCCGGUCAGUGUGGACAACGGAACCUCGGCCUGGGGGCAGCCCACUGGGAACCAUGGUGGCUGGGGGGGUGGCGACAAUGGCCCAGAACCUUACGGACGUGGUAACCCAACCAUGGGAUCUGCACCUUGCAAACAAGCUCCUAAAUCUAUGCAAGGUGGAGGGGAGGACCUGGGUCUGUCUGGGGGACAGUGGGACCCUGACGAUGGUGACAUGUGGAACAGCCAGGCCUCCCAGGAGAGCAACUCCUGGGGCAAUGGACCCAAGAAGGGCCCACCCAAGGGGAAAAUUCCAGGAAAGCAGGAGGAAGCAUGGGUCAUGAGUCGCCUGGUUAAGCAGCUGACAGACAUGGGCUUUCCGAGAGAUCCAGCGGCGGAGGCUCUGAAGAGCAACAACAUGAACCUGGACCAGGCCAUGAGUGCCCUGUUGGAGAAGAAGACAGAACUGGACAAGCGGGUGUUGGGCAUGUCUGACUACAACAACAGUCUGAUCAACAAGAGCUGCCGGCCUCCCCUCCACUCCAAAGAGUCCUCCUCAGACCGCUCUCCCUUCCUGGACAAGGACGGUGGUAGUGGCCUGGUGGAAGACGUCCACACCUCACCGUUUAUGCCUUCCCCCGGGUCUCUCGGCCUGAAACUCAGCUCCCUGCCCAGCACUGCCCUGCCUCUGCCCGGCCAGGGCCUGGGUGGCCCACAGGGCCUAGCCAUGCAAAAUUUGAACAACAGACAGGUGCAGAGUGGAAUGUUUGGGAGUGGUGGAGCAGCACAAGCCCGGGCCAUGCAGAUGCAGCAGCCGCCACCUCCUCAGCCGUCAGUGCCACCUCUGAGCUCCUCCCAGCCUAGUCUACGUGCUCAAGUGCCUCAGUUUCUCUCCCCUCAGGUUCAAGCACAGCUCUUACAGUUUGCAGCAAAAAACAUUGGUCUGAAUCCUGCACUUUUAAGCUCACCAAUAAACCCUCAACAUAUGACCCUUUUGAACCAACUAUACCAGCUGCAACUGGCGUACCAGCGUUUACAAAUUCAGCAGCAGAUGUUGCAAGCACAGCGCAAUGUUUCUGGCCCCAUCCGACAGCAAGAGCAGCAAGUCGCACGUACAAUCAACAACAUGCAGCAGCAGAUCCAACAGCACCAGCGUCAGCUGACCCAGGCCCUCCUCAUGAAGCAGCAGCCCCCUGGCUCCCUGUCCUCUGGCGUUCACCACGGCAAAACAACCAUGGACUCCUUCCCAAGCCACCCCCAGGCUCCUGGCCUGUCCGACCUGCAGACCAAAGAGCUCCAGGCCUCUCUUAACUCCUACGGCCCCUAUCCCCUCUGUGGACUGACUCCUAACAUGAAUGUAAACCUCAUGGAUGUGGGGGGCCUGUCCAUGAAAGAGCCUGCCCAGCCCCAGUCCCGCCUCUCCCAGUGGACACACCCCAACCCCAUGGAGAGACUGUCAGGAGGCUCCUCCCCCCUGGAACCUAACCUGGGCAAGCAUGGUGCCAACCUGGGCCCCCCCGGAAAGCCCCCACAGAUAGAUGAUGGGUACAGCCCCUUCAGCAUGAUGCCAGGCUCAGAGUCACCCACUAGCUCCCUGGUGCCACCUCCUGACAGUUGGGGCCAGGGCAAGAGUGCCAAUGACAAGAUGGUCAACGGCUCUAACAUCACCUGGCCUCCAGAGUUCUGCCCAGGCGUACCCUGGAAGGGCCUGCAGAACAUUGACCCUGAGAACGACCCUAACAUGACCCCAGGAAGCGUUCCCAGUGGCCCCACCAUCAACACCAACAUCCAGGACGUCAACCGCUACCUGCAGCGUGACCGCAGCGGAGGGUCCUCCCCCACCUCUUCUCAGAACGAGGCCCUGCCUCCCUCCACCGAUUGGCCAGUCAGUGUCUCUUCUCAGAACGAGGCCCUGCCUCCCUCCAACGAUUGGCCAGUCAGUGCCUACCCUAGCUCGUUCAGUCUGUCUUCCCCGGAAACGGACGACCCAGGUAAACUGUCAGACAUGAAGUCUACCUGGUCCCCAGGACCCAUCUCCCACCCCUCCCACGCCUCUCUGUCCCACGAGCUGUGGAAGGUCCCACAGGGGCCCCGCAGCACCACGGCAGCCCCCACCCGGCCCCCUCCGGGUUUAACAAACCCCACCAAGUCCUCCUCCACUUGGGGAGGCAACUCUCUGGGCCUGGCUCAGGGCUGGAGCAGCUCAUACUCCUCAGGCACCACGUGGAGCACCGACAGCUCCAACCGGACCAGUAGCUGGCUGGUACUGCGGAACCUCACCCCCCAGAUUGACGGCUCCACCCUGCGGACGCUGUGCAUGCAGCACGGCCCCCUCAUCACAUUCCACCUCAACCUGACCCAGGGGAACGCACUGGUGCGCUACAGCUCCAAGGAGGAGGCCGCCAAGGCCCAGAAGUCCCUGCACAUGUGUGUUCUGGGUAACACUACCAUCCUGGCCGAGUUCGCUGGAGAGGAGGAGGUUCAGCGCUUCUUUGCACAGGGCCAGCAGUUAGCCUCAAACACCAGCUGGCAGGCCGAACCAGGCAUCAAUCAGACACGAAUGGGCGGGUCAGGGCCCAGGUCCUCACACCCCAUUGGCCACCCCCACUGGAACUCUGGCGGCAGUGGCGGUAGCGGUGGUAUGGGAGGAGGCGGAGCAAAGACAGGUGGAGACCUGCUGUGGGGCGGUGUGCCCAAGUACUCCGGCCUCUGGGGACCACCCAGUAGAGAGGAGGGGCGCGUAAUGGGAAGCCCUACACCAAUCAACACAUUGCUGCCUGGAGACCUGCUGAGUGGAGAGUCCAUGUAGGACCAUGUCAUGGAGCUCCAAGUUAGAACCAGGAGAAAUGGUAUACUACACACACUUAAACAUGUCUACAGACAGAGGAGUGAAAACCAAGCAAAUCAAUGUGGCGAUAAUCAGUGUGGGUUUAAUAAUGGAGGGAGAGACUUAAGGAGGAUGAGGCGACUCUGCAUCCAUGCUGCUCUCCUCUCUGUCCUACUGCUUUCUGUUGGUUUGGAUUGGUUUGGCGGGAGGCUUGGCUUACAGUGUUUUGCAUUUUACAUUUUGGAGGAGCGGGAGACUGAACCAGACUUCAGCCUUUGACUGAACCAACAAAGGAAAGAGAACCCUUUUAACUAAUAACUUUUCUCUAUGAGAACUUCUGAGCAAAAUGUGUAUUUUAGACAAACUGCUACCAACAAUAACCUGCCAUCUUCAAUACUCCCACAAUCCCUUGCUGCCUGUCAGCAGUCAAUCCACGCUCGGAUAAACCAUGAAGACGCAUCAUUCCCAAAGGUCCUCCCCAUCCUGUCAGAAUGGUUCCAGAACUUCCUACUGGUCCAGGAUUUCACUUAGUUUUAAGUUUUGAUCAGCACUAACUACUAGCCUUAACCGCCCUCUUGGCCUAGUUCCUCUCAUUUAUACACACAUUCACUCUUUCCAUACUUAUUGAAGAAACCGUACUGAGAAUUGCACACAUUUCUGAGCCAGUGAAAACCGAGGGGAGAAUGUGCUUGCGUGGCCAGCGUAAUGUGAGAGAUUGAGGCUGCAGAAGCUCGCAACUCAGUCUCAGCAAUCGCAAGCAUAUUACUCAGUCCCCACCACUCUUAAAGGGAUUGAUGAUGCAAAAGUUCUUCGCCUUGUUCAUUUUAAAGCCAUUUUGUCAUGGAGAAGUUUUGUUUCCCUUAAAGAUCUCAAAAUAAGGAGAGAAAUAUUACUCCAGUGUGUCAGAUAUUCCACGGGGCGCGUGUUUGUGUGUACGAUUGUUCUGAUGAAGUCUACUAACCACUGCUCUAUGGAACUGAAAGAAAACACUUCUAGUGAAAUGCACCUCAUUUGGUUUAAGGGAGGAGCUUAAUGUCUGGUUUCCUCCUUUUCUCAAUAGAAGACCUCAGUCAUAACAGUGGUCCACUUGUCUCUUAUUUCUAUAAAGCCACCAUUUGAAGUGACGUGCAAUACAAGCCACAGACUGUACCAACAACCGUCCACACGUGUACCAAGGCCGCUAGCAACUCUGAGCGGAGGCAGAAUCAUGUACUUUAUCCAUCCCCCACUGCCUGUCUAAACCCCAACCACCCAAGAGUGGGUGAGGCCUGGAAGGACUGACUUAUAAUGACUUUCUCCAAGCUUAACACAAGCCUGUACGGCAGUCACUUCGUAUCCAGUCUCUGACGAGGUCUUUCUGAUCCAGCCUCACACAACCGUGACUGACUGGGGGGGUGGAGGGGCAUCAUACCAAAACUAGGCGUGUUCCUUAUUGACCCACAAAAUGAGGCUUUUUUUAUUUUUAUUUCCAUUGUUGUAUUUGGUACUAAAUAGUAUGAAACAAAGAUCUAACUGGUUUAUAAAAAAAGUGGUUUAUCAUAGCACUUAGAAAAGAGUGUCAGGCUCCUUAACUUCAACGCCAACAAAUCAGAAGAGAGAAGCAUGCAA